CACAACACAAAUUGUUUUGAUUUUUAGUUUUUCUAUUUUCACGUGUGUCUUAAUAUAUUGUCUUAUUUUUAUUAAAUUGAAAUUAAAAAAUAGCACAGAUAAAUAAACAAAAUGCCAGAAAUAGUUAUGCCCGGUGAUCGUAUAACAGCCGCUGAAGAGAUGGCUACAAAGAAAGUAAUAUUGGGACCCGGUCUGAGAAGACAAGACGAACAAGUUGUGGCCUGCAAAGCCGGAACACUACAACACAAAGAACCCAACACAUUUUGGGUGGAAAGCUAUCAGAGGAGAUAUGUGCCCGUAAGAGGAGAAGCAGUCAUUGGUGUAGUGACAGCCAAGGCAGGUGAUAUCUUUCGUGUCGAUAUAGGAGGCUGUGAACAAGCCUCUCUUUCCUAUUUGGCCUUCGAACAGGCCACCAAGAAAAAUCGUCCGGAUGUUAAUACAGGCGAUUUAGUGUAUGCCCGCCUUAUAGUGGCAAGUAAAGAUUUCGAACCCGAAUUGGUGUGCGUCAAUUCGGUGGGUAAAAAAGGAAAGCUGGGAGUACUUCCAGAUGGAUUUGUUUUCAAUUGUAGUUUAAAUUUGGCACGUAUGAUUUUGCGCGAAGACUGCCCACUUUUGGCGGCGCUAACAAAGGAGAUGCCAUUUGAAAUUGCGGUAGGUUUAAAUGGACGCAUCUGGAUUAAGGCGAAGUCGGUGAAAGAAACUAUAGCAGUGGGUAAUGCUAUAUUGGCGGCAGAACAUGCCUCCAAUGAGCAAAUUGCAAAAAUAUGUGAAAAUAUUGGAAAUAUAUUAUUUACUUGAUUUAAUAAUUUUGAAAAAAGAA